CUUCUCUCUCUAAAACAAACUUUUACAGUCACUUUUUCUCUCUCUAACCCCACACGCUCUGAAUUAUAAAGCGUUUUCACUGUUCCAACUGCAUGCUUCUGCUUCACUCGAGGAAACCGUUCAAGAAGAAUCUUCAUUCAUCUCAUCGCCAACAGGUUUGAUUCAUCUCUCUCUCUCUAUUCUUCUUCGUUAAUCGUUUCUCGAACUGAUCGGAUCGUCGAUUGAACGAUUCUGAUCGAUUUCUCAGGUUAAAAUGAUAGGUCUCAAUGUUCAAGGCAAUCGAACAGACUUUAACAACGGUUAUAUACAUCAACAAUCCGGAAUCACGACUAGUACACCGUUUCCAAUCUUCACACCUUCUAAUGCCGCACCGACGAUUACGGAUAAUAGUGGUUCUAGAAAGCGUUCUAGAGAUCUGGUUACUGAUCCAUCUCCAUCGUACAAUCACAGCAGUUCUUUCGUUUUUUCACAGAUCGAACAACAGCAUCAACUAGAGAUUGAUCAAUUAGUGUAUCAACAUGCAGAGAAAAUGAAAUAUGAAAUUACCGAGAGAAGAAACAGGGACGUCAGAGGAAUUAUCAAUGCAAUAGAACAAGGAAUCAUGAAGAAAUUGAAAUUGAAAGACGAUGAGAUAUCCAAUAUUAUAAAUCAUAAUUCUACUCUAGAAGAUAAAGUGAAAUCUCUCUGCAUCGAGAAUCAGUUAUGGAGAGAUUUAGCACAGAAUAAUGAAGCAACAGCAAACGCUCUGAGAAACAAUCUUGAACAAGUACUAGUUCAAGUCAAGAACCGCUCCGGCGCCGGAGCCGGUUCCGGCGACGACGACGUAGUUUCUUGUUGCGGAAGUAAUAACAAUGAUGAAAUUCCGGUGAUCGGAGUUGAUAGACUUUGCCGGAGCUGUGGUACGGCGGAGGCGUCGAUUUUGCUUUUACCGUGUAGGCAUCUUUGUCUUUGUAGAAUUUGCGGGUCGUCGGUUUAUACUUGCCCCAUUUGUGAAUGCAACAAAACCGCUAGCGUUCAUAUUAAUUUGCAGUAAUGGAAGAAAAUAACUUUUAUAGAUCUAGUAUUAAAUAAUUUAUUUUUAUUUUUAUCUCUUUUUAUCUCUUUUUUAACUAGAUGUAAUAAAUAAGUUUAAAAUUUUGACUAUUUUAUCUA